GCUGGGAAAUGUGGAUGCAAACGUGUGCAUAAUCCGUUUUUGUUUUAUCUUUGACAGUUGAAUGCAUUAAGAAGAAAAGUCUCUGUAUUACCAAUUUGAAAACCUACAAGACACUAAAAUGGCAGAAAUUGCAGCCCUCGAAUGCAGGUCCCGGAGUGUGCUGAGCUGGGAACAAGUAAACCGCUUAAAUGAGGUCCUGACCGAGGCUGUCCCUGUUCAUGGACGUGGCAACUUCCCUACUCUAGAGAUAAGACUAAAGGACAUUGUCCAGAUAGUCAGAAACCGCUUGGGCGAGAAAGGAAUUGAAGUCAGAGAUAUCUGUUUAAAUGGGUCCACUGCCAGUCAUGUUUUGGUGGAAGACAAUGGCUGGUGUUACAAGGACCUAGAUCUAAUCUUUAGGGUGGAUCUCCCAAGUGAGACUGAAUUCAAGAUUAUCAAAGAUGUCGUUUUGAGUGCACUAUUAGAUUUCCUGCCAGAAGGGGUGAACAAGAACAAAAUUACGUCCAUGACUCUCAAAGAGGCGUAUGUUCAAAAACUAGUGAAAGUUUCCACAGAACUGGACCGCUGGAGCUUAAUUUCCCUGUCGAACAACAAUGGCAGAAACGUGGAGUUGAAAUUUGUCGACUCAAUCAGACGGCAGUUUGAAUUUAGUGUUGACUCCUUUCAAAUAAUCCUGGACUCCUUGCUCUUUUAUUAUGACUGCUCCGAGAACCCCAUGUCAAAGCAUUUCCAUCCAACUGUAAUUGGGGAGAGUGUGUACGGAGAUUUUGAGGUGGCGUUGGACCAUCUGAAGAACAAACUUAUAGCCACCAAGAACCCAGAGGAGAUCCGUGGUGGUGGGCUGCUGAAAUACUGCAAUCUUCUGGUCAGGGACUUCAAGCCGACAGAUGAGGAGGAAUUCAAAAGCCUGGAGCGCUACAUGUGUUCCCGGUUUUUCAUAGACUUUCCUGACAUUGUGGAGCAACAGAGGAAGCUGGAAUCCUACCUGCAGAGCCAUUUUAUUGGUGAGGAAAAAAGCAAGUACGAUUACCUCCUGAUCCUGCGCCGGGUUGUCAAUGAGAGCACAGUGUGCCUUAUGGGACAUGAGAGGAGGCAGACUCUAAACUUGAUCUCUCUCAUUGCCUUCCGGGUUCUAGCUGAGCAGAACGCCAUACCCGAUGCAUCCAGUGUCACCUGUUACUACCAGCCAGCCCCCUAUGUCAGAGACUUGAAUUUCAGUAAUUAUUACAUAGCCUCCUGCAACCAGUCUUAUCCAACUUGGCUGCCAUGCAGUUGAGCAUGAGAAAAGGCACUUCAUGGGGGGGGGGAUAAAAGGGUCCAAGAAUUGAAGGUAUUGGUAUCUCUCCACUCUGAUGAAAGUAAUAAAUCAUAAAGUGGAUAAUAAUUUCAACAUUUAGAAAUUGAUGGCUUGUUUUUUGUUUUGGUUUCUUUUGAGUUGCUGUUUCAUUUUUCUUGGGCCCCUACAGACAUUUAAGUACAUUUUGAACUCUUUACUCUGUGGGGGAUUACCUGUAUAAAAUGAGCUUUACCUAGUUUGUGUUGCAGAUGUACUCUACAAAUUCAGAAUACUUGUUUGAGGGGCUUUAUAGUUUAUAGCCAUAAAUCCUGUUUUUGAAUUGGAAAAAUAUAAAUGAUAAAGAUUAAUUGGAGAGGGGGGAUCCAAAAAAAGUUUAAAAGUUGUUGAAUAUUAAGGCCUGCGUUUUUAUUAAUUGCUAGCCAAACAACACCAAAAAAAUUAUAAAAGUGGGGUUUUAAAAAAAAAAAAAAAAAGUUGGUGAAUGUUGCACACACAGCUUUUGCACUAACUUUUGAACAAAUGCAUUGUAUGUGUGGGUGAAAUUAUGUAAUUAAAAUUAAGUACAGUGGGUAACAGGUGAAGUGUUGGGCCUAGAAGACCCUUUAGACAUUGGUGCUUUGUUUAAAUUGUAUAAUCAUUUUCUUUUGUAUACAUGGAUAGUGCUGCAGACAAGUUUAAUGAUUCAUAAAUUCUACUUGCCCUUGUAAAACUGGGUUAUUCUCUGCUAUUUCCUUUUACUGGCAAUCAACCCAUGCCUCCACCUUACUCUGCUCCCUCUUGAAGGGUUGUUAUAAAAGUAACUACUGUGCAGAUGUGCAAAUUCAUAUUUGGAACAAUGUAGUUUGUAAUACCACCUCCCAGAUUUAUUAGAAUAAUACCAUCUAGUACUUGUUUAGCUUCCUUUUCUAAUUCUGUUUAAAGUUUGUACAUUACUAUUGAUAGUUAAGGAAUGAUAACAUUUUACUGAACAAAAAAAAAUAUAAAAAUAUCACAAGUACGCUUGAUGCAUCCUUUUAGUUCUAGAUGGCAUUGUGGGCUUUACUUUAAGUUCCUGGAUUUUUAUUAAGCCAGUUAGCCUGUGUGAAAAAUUCUGUUUGUCAGAUUCGUAGAAGCGGCAGUCAGUGAGUAUGAACCUUUGUUUUGUUUUUAUAUAAACUACCAUGCCCUGUUGCAGGAUAACAGGAUUUGGAAUCCCAUUGAAAGUGAAAGGCAGAGGAGUAUAACUUUACAGUAUAUCCAUCAGAUUUGUUCAGUACUCUUCUGAACAGGGCAAUUCGGGUAUAGUAUGCCAGACCAUAUGCUUUUUUGAAGUUUUGGUUAGGCCUGGGAAUCUACUCCAGAAAUGUGCCUGACUGUGAAUCAUUCUUUCAGAAGGUCCUGGGACCCCCUUGUGUCAGUUGGUUUUCAUUCCAACUGAGCUCUCCAUUACUUAACUAGACUCUUAACUGAACUGAUAAUUAAAUCUUUUGUAAUUGUUGCCAACUCUUAAACGGUUGCCGAGUUCAAAUUACUUAAUGUUGUAGCUAACUUGAACUCUGCAACUGUUUAAGAGCUGAAAACAAUUAAAAAGGGCUAAUUAGACAAUUUAUCAGUU